UCGUUUAAAUGUCAGAAAAUUCAGUUUCCAGUAAAUGGUUCUCAGAAAAGUCUAAAACGACUUCACGGGGUUUUCACACUUGUAUCAACAGGGGUACGUUUCGCAGUGAAGUUCGUAGAAAUGUUAGUCAUCAUACUAACAGCUGUUCUGGCUUUUCCUAGUCUCGUUUCAAUGUCUACUUAUGGUUGCACAAUGUGGUUUACAUUGCUUCCAAGAUAUGUGAAUGAGUUGACUUCUUCCACGGUUUGGGACAUAACACGUAACUUUCAGACAUGCUUGUGAUUCCGUCUUCACUUUGGACACAUUAAUCUUUUUGUGCUGAUGCAGAGUCUGAUGCUCUAUCGUAUACCUCAACUAGUUUUCUCCUGAAUCUGUUGAUGGUUUUGAAUGUCAGAACAGAUGUGGUUCAACCUGAAGGUCAUCGCGCGCUUCUUGCGUCUGUGUAUGUUUACCGUACAAGGAACUUUCAUAAUAAUGUUUGGAAAAUACAUACCUUCCAUAGACCAAACCAUUUUCGAUGAAACCAGAUCAAUCAUGGCAGAAUCGUAUCUUAAAGAGGAUGACUGGAAAGACACCAUCUAUACGUAUGUUCACCUUAAGGCCAUGAUAAAAUCCCGUUUCUUUGAAGUUUUUCGUGAGGCAGAAUUGGGCGGGAAAAUCCCUGAUGGUGACGUCAUUACUUCCAACCUCUUGAAGAAACGUUUGCUAGAUUUUUCCAUAAAAGAUAGGCCACUUGUCCUUAACUUUGGGAGCUGCACCUGACCCCCAUUCAUGAAAAAGCUAGAGCAUUUCAAGAAAUUGAUUGCUCGCUUUUCUCAUGUGGCAGAUUUUUUAAUUGUAUACAUCACUGAAGCACAUCCAAGUGACGGAUGGAAGUUCAAAAAUAAUUUUGACAUAAAUAACCAUAAGGGGAUCCACGAUCGAAUGAGAGCGGUAGACAUGUUGAACAAAUCUCAACCAAAUUGCCCAGUAGUGGCAGAUGAUUUAUCUAACAGUUUGAAUUACAAAUAUGGCGCCAUGUAUGAACGCCUGUACAUCAGUCUGAACGAUGUAGUGGUGUAUCAAGGGGAGAGGGGACCACAAGGAUACCACAUGGAAGAGGUUGAGGAUUGGCUGACUAAAUAUACAUCAUAAUUGUGAGCGUGGGUAACCUCGGUCAUAUGCGGAUUGGACUUAGUGAUUGAAACGCGAUUGGACCCAGUAGGAAAACUUAAAAAAGCCUUUUGAACUUUAAAAACCUUGUAUCUACUUCGUACCCUUUACCAUAUCUAAACACGAAUUUCUAUCUUAAAAGCUGGACAUAGUUCACAUUAUCAUUAGAGCAUGCGUGAAAUUUCAAUUGCGUUGAAGUACAUGUACAUAUGACAAUUAAACUGCGAGGAUAUAACAUCACAGUACCAAUCCAACCAAGUACAUUGUAUAUGUUCAAGAAAGCAGUAAUGGCGAUUAAUUCCGUGGUUAUUACUUUUCCAUCACUAAUCACAAAUAACUGUGUUUGUCUUGAAAUCUGUUACAUGAAAGGUGGUGAAGAGAACGAACAGUGAUCAAUCUCACAAUUCUUAUAAGCAAUAUAAAAAAAGGAGUUGGGCAAACACAGACCCCUGGACACACAAGAGGUGGGAUCAGGUGCCCAGGAGGAGUAAGCAUACCCUGUCGACCGGUCGCAUCCGCCGUGAAUGACAUAACUGGUACACUGACGAAUUCGUUCGUGCGUAUUUCAAUUUCUGCGCAUUAGCUGCUCUUAAUACACAUUCUAACACCACAUCAAUUUCCAAUAAACUCCUUGACGUAAAAAAAAAAGUUUGAUGUUCCAAGAAGUUUCUAGGUUUUGUCCAUUGGUCGCCAUCUUGCGAUGAAUAUCAACGUCGCCAUGUUGCGAUGAAUAUCAACCUUUGUAGGAUCCGGUCUGUAUUCUUAAAAAUCUUCUUUUUUGAAUCGAUAAACUUCAAUUGUCGCGUUGUCCCGAUAUUGGCCAACACAUAAAUUAGCAGAGAAGCAUCAAAAUACUACAGAAAGGUGCAAGAUAUAGAACUUGGUGUAUCGCAUGCAGAAUGGCGACUGAGGGACAUAGCUUUGGUUGACUGUUGAUAAAUUUUUUGGAGAUGUUACAGUAAAUAUUGAUGUGAUGUGCAAUCGCUGUAUAUUUCCCAAGUCUAGAGACAUACUGUAGUCCCAAAAACUCUUAUCCUCGAGGGAUUUUUGCGAGCAAAUUUUUCUACGCGAUCAUCAUUUCUUAAUCAAAUCUCAAAAAUAAACUUUUAAGGAUUAAAUGAUACGUACAUUGUUAUAUACCAUCUUCAAAAAUGCAGCAACUACAACUAAAUUGCGUGUUCCGAUGUUAUUAUUUUUAAAAGAUUCAUCUUCUAUGAUGUUAAUUCUAACUAGUUUUCGUAUUACAUGUACGUGUAAAUUGGUUCUUGUGUUGGUACUGUGUGUGAUAUUGGGCGUUUUUGUACUGUUGGAGUUUCCCCUCUUUUUUUUAGUUUAGAUACAUGCUUUUAGUGAUUUAUCAUUCUAAGUCAUACUACAGGAUUAAACAUUCAUUUUAAGGAAUUUAACGAUGUGUAAACUCUGGAGAUUUUUUCUCAAAAACUGAAUAAAAGUGCAAAAUACUUUUAUGGUAAGCUUGUAAGUAAAAUUUCCGGAGUUUACACAUCCAUGUUUUUUUCAAAGAAUGUUUGAUUCUUAUAAUUCUAAUUUGUUCCCUGUAUUGAAAAAUUCAAAUAAUUUCCUCUGCGAAGAUUAAGCUAUUUGUUUUUUUUAGGCGCGUACGAAUACAUCGCAUUUUCGAAUUUAUUAAUGUGUAAAUUCUCGUUCAUCUUUAUUUUUGUCUAAUCAAAACAAAUGUAAUAAAUAACAUUGAAAUUAUAUAGCAUUACAUGUGAUAAAUACUUUAUAUGCACUGAAUUCAUUCUUGUAGUAGCGCUUAUGAUGUUGCCUUUAUAAAUUAUCUAAUUGAGGGCAAAUUGAAUUUUAUUUGCUAUAUAUACAGGAUUGAGUAAUGUGCUUUUCAUUUAUAGAAAUAAAGAUGCGAGAAAGAA